CGCCCGGGAGCCGCACAAACCUCACGGGUCACCCUCCGGCCGCGGUCCGCCCUCCCAGCGGGCACCGCCGCGCUGCCCCCGCGGCUGCCCCGGGAGAGCGGCACAGCCCUGCCCGGGGUGAGGGCCGGGGAAAGAGGGGAGCCAGCCCUGCUGCCCCCGCGCCCGUCCCGGAGCGGGGAACACGAACCUUCCCUCACUCGGGCGCCGCUCCCGGAACCCGUCCCGGCGCCGCCGCCGCUCCCGAUCCCGCCCCGUGACGCGGGACGGAAGCCGGGCCGGGCCCGCGGCGCCGCCGUUGCCCUGGUUACCGGCCGGGCGGCCGCAGCGGGGAUGGGCCCGCCGCGCUGCCUGUGCGAGAUCUGCUCCUGCGGGCGCCAUCGCUGCUGCCACAAACGCACAAAGAUUUACGACGAUGGGCUGCCACCGAGCCACAGAACCGAGUAUGUGGACAAAUACCCCGGCUAUGGCAACAUCUGCCCUCCCAGCAGCUGUAAGCCCAAACCCGAGUUCCAACAGCACCGCGGCAAAAUGGAUGGAACCUCGAUAUUUAAAACUGAUUAUUUACCAUAUGAAGUUGUGAAGAGACCUUUUCGGGCACCAGCAGAAUACAGACCAAAGUCGGGAAAGAUUGACCUGGGGACCAUAUACCAGAGAGAUUAUAACCCUCAUAAAGUAGGACCAGUGACACUGGCAAGACCCAGAGAGAGAAAACACACGACAGAUGCAAAAUUGGAUACCAUACCGACCUACCGAGAUGACUAUAGGUUAUGGGAAGCUCAGCGAACGGAAUCUUGUAAGGUGGAGCGCACAUACGAGCCACCUACAGAGAGGUUUGGAAAUCCUUCUACCUUUCAAGAUGACUAUAUUCCCAGGGAACCCAAUCCCCCAGAAAGUUUUAAACCUUCUGCAGCCAAGCUGCCAGAUGGGCCUUUCGACGGGAACACCAUCCAUCGCACCGCUUAUGUUGUUCAUGAGAUGGAACCACCGUUCGUAAGACCAAAAGAAGAGUACAAGCCAUGCGACCAACCCUUUGAGGAUCUCACAACCCACCAGAGAGACUUCAAAGGGAUACCUGGGCAACAGGCAAAAAGCUGCAGGCCUGAACACAGAAAAGUUGGAUCCGAUGCUCCUUUUAAUGGAACCACUGAAUUCCAGGAUCGUUACCAGCCAUAUCUGGUUUCCUUGCCUGAGUUCCGCAAACCCAGAGAGUACGUUCCACCCACAGACAAGAUGGAUCUCAACUCCACCAACCGCCUUGAUUACAUUUCACAUGAGAUUUCUCCUGCUGCCCCCAUAAGACCACCUCAUGGAAGACGAAUCAGUGCCCCUUUUCAAGGGAACACUACUACAAGAGAAGACUACAAACCUUGGAGCAUCUGUCCACGAGGCCUUAUUAAGAAAGAUCAAGAAAUUCAAAAACCCACGGGAAAAUUUGCUGAUUUAACUACAUUCAGAUCUCACUACAUACCACAUCAGGGCACUCCAGCUCAGAGCUGCAAACCUGUACAUGUUGUAGGUCUUAACCCAGUUCCUUUUCAAGAUGAAACGAUGUAUCGCAUAGAGUAUACUCCAAAGAAAAAAGAGAUCUGCCCAGCACAUCAUCCAUCUAACCUGGGUUACGUCUACAUAAACACAGAUUCUCAGGGUCACCAGUUCUUCCGCCGGCUGAGUCCACAACCCUCCGAGUCAAACUGUAAUCCCAUUCCAAGCGAAGUAGCUGUUGUGACAUAAUACCGAAGUGCAGUAUUUCAAGCACCCCGGUGAAAAAAUUGGAAUCCAACUUGUUCAUUUUUUCUUUAAAUAACACCAAAAGCAAAUUAAAUAACGCAAAUUUUGCUUUUAGAAGUUUGAAGAAAACCAAAGCAAAACCAGAAGUUUAUUACAAGACCAAUAAAGAUUUGCCAAAUGCUCUAGGAAUACUACACCUUACAUGGUAUCUGUCCUUUUUUUGAUUGUACAUUCCGAUUUUCUUGACUUCCCGGAUUUCAUUAUGCUCCAUCUCAAGCAUAUGUAUUGCACAUUUAAUUCUUCCAGAUUUUCUGUAACCAAAUGAUUGCAUUUGUGAAAUAGUGUCUUUUGAUGGUAAGGUCCUUUACAGACUAAGCAAAUAAUGCUAUCUAUAAUAAUCUAAGCAACCAGUAAUAAUCUCAGUAAUCUGGUAAAUUCUUUUUCUUUAUAUUUUGCUGCCCAAAUCACAAGAUAGCAUGCUAUGACACCUAGGCAUUUCUAAAGACCUGGGGUUAGCUUUAGUCAUCAUUACUUUUCCUUCAUUCCAUUCUAAAGUGAGUAUAAAGGUCACACUGUAAUUCCUGCCAGCAAUUAACAAGUAGUAGUUGAAACCAUUCAAACACACCGAAAGCAGAUCACCAGACUCUGUUUCCUUAUUUCCCUGAUCAUGCUCUUUCAGCCUACUGAUGCAAAGCUCUGGCCACACUGACACCCUCAGUGCAUGUGUCCUCAGCAGUUAAGUAAUUUUUAAACCCAAUGUACAAUGAGAUUGCAUAGAUUUUUUUUUUUUUUUUUGAGUUUCUAAGGCAGAUGGUGGGGAAGCAGAGAGAAUCAGACUCAAAAGGUUAACACCUGCUAUCUGAUUUUUAAAGCUAAACAGCCAGUUAUCAUGGCCAGAGUUCACUGCAGAGGCAGUCUGAAGGGAAAAAUGGCAGAAAACUGUACAGGUGUAAGUAGAGAUAACAGGAAACAGUUAAACUCAGUCAAAAAAAAAGAAAUAUCAGCUGAGAUGCAAAAAUCUAUAGACAGCCUGGCUUCAGUCUGUCUGCUCUUCAAAGAAUUGCUUGUUCCAAAUACACAGAAACCACAUUUUUUACAUUUGAUAUGACUAUGCUUCUGCAUGAGAUACUUAGUAUUUUCUCUAUAUAUCCUUAGCUGGUUUUGAGAAAUCUAAAUGAACCAAUUAGUAGUUCUAUGAUUAACUGUAUCAUCAUGCUCUAUCACAGCACUCCAGUAUGAUUUUUUUUCUCAGUAUUGCAUAUCUUACACCUAUUGGUGUAGAACAGAGUUCUGCAGAAUUAUGUGCCUGUACUUCAUAAACAAAAUCAGUCAUAGAAGGGCUAAGGGCAAUGAUGGAAACAUUUUGAAAGCAGGAACUUGGCCAUAUGAAAGCAAGAAAGCCAAACUGAACAUAUCAGCUGUGCACAAAAGCAUUGCAUGAGAGAGAUCCAGACAUUACUAGAGCAUCAGUCACUUCUAGGCAAUUUUUUUCUUCAUACUGUGUUUUGUAGUAUGACUUAUUCUGUUAAUGAAACAGCAAUUGUUACACUUUUCUCUCUGAAGAUUAUUCACGUCCCUCAGACUGUGAAUGGACAAUGUAGAUCUGUGAGAUCCUAAAAGUAGCACAGGAAAAAGUCCAAUUCAUUGUCAUCUUUCUUUGCCACAGAAGAAAAAAUGCAAACACCCCCUUUAGUCAUUCUCUGUCUGGCCACAACUGAGGAGACAACAAAGUCAAACCUUUGCACAGUCACAUCUACUCCAUAUCCUAUGCACAACCUUGGUACCUCUUGAGCAGUUUACAGAAGCUCCUAAUGCCUUCCAGCUCUCUUUUCUAGGGAGGGAGAAAUGCAAUCUGAAUCCAUGAAGUUACGUGUGCCUGCAUGUUCUGAUCAAAAUGGCUCUUCCUCUGAGUCUGUGAGUAGCACAGAUGCUUUUUUAAAUUUACACAGCUGUUUUUUCAGUUCUGAAGUCACUUCCCUACCCUAAGUUAUGGAAAGUAAUUUGCUGCCACCUACCAGCACGGUACAAAGAUUUUGAGAGGAAGUGGAGGGCAUAUUCAGAUACAUUUAACAGUUCCUCUGCAGAUGUGUUUGAAGACUUUUAGGGUGGAGGGGCAUAUUCCCUUUCAUUUUGUCCUUAAUGUUUUCUCCUAAGUUUAACAGUGAAAGAGAGAACUCUUUAUUGCUUUACAGCUGAAAGAGCCACAACAUAUUGAUGGUGCUUCCAGAAAAAGCAUCAAAUGAUACUAUAAACCUUCAGACAGUAUUCAAUAUGUGACAUCAACUUUUUCAUAAGCAACAUAUUAUUGAAAUGCAAACCAAAUGAAGAGCAGGCUGGAAAACUAAUAUUUUUUCCAAAAUAAGAGCUGUUAAAAAAGCAUUUUAUGAUGUCAUGCUAAACCAAGAUGUAAAAGCAGAGAAGUUAUUUAUGGAUUCAGUUGCUAUUGUAGAAGAGCUUUCCAUGCACUUUCCCAUACAGCAGCAGGCUGCACAGAACUGCUGUAUGGAAUCUUUACUUUGUUUUCAAGACUGCAAAAAAAAAUGCACUGCUGAACCAAAGGAAAAUUAAACAGAUCCAUGCACCUUUGCCAAUACUACCAUCUAGGAUAACUCUGGAACACCACCUUUCCACUACUAGAUAUUUAUUUUCUAUUUAAUAAAAUUUUGUAAGGCUUUUAUUGUACAUACUAUUUAUAAGACUUUUCUUUCUAACAACUAUUACCUAUAUUGGAUAUUCUGAAACAUCUUCUUUUUCAUGUAGCUAUUCUCAUCCCUCACUAAAUAUAAAACAUGGAACUGUUCUGUAGGAACUAAAUGAACUCUGCUUGAUUCAGUACAUGAAGGACCAGCAAAGAAAUAUAACUUCAUUCCACCUUUUACAGAAUCCUGAUUCUAGAUUUCAGUGAAUCAGACCUGACUUGUUUGAAUUUUGGCAAAUUCUCUUCCUUCUUUUUCACUCAGGUUACGUCUAUGUUGUCUCUUAAUAUACUGCAAAUCAGACUGUAGUGAAGCUGAGAAUCUGUCUGAGAAGCUCUUAAAAAUUACAACUGAGGGUUUGAAAAAAUCCCAGAAUUAUGGACAUAGUAUGUUGAUAAAAUAACAAAGAAUGAAAGCAUGUAGUAAUAAACAGUCUCUGGGUAAUCACAGUGUUGAAUAAUCAAACUAUACUUUAUUUCAGAAAU